UAAUUUUUUUGUUUGCUGGCUGAUUUGUAUCUUUGGCAAUUUUGUUUUUGCUUGCUUUUAAUAUUCUCCGUGUCUUUGAUGUCCACCAAAACAUUGAUUCUAUUUAAUUCACUGAGCCGAAUUCUCUGCCCAAAGCGACGACGUUCCACCAUCCCGUGUUGAUGUGAUUAAUACAAAACAGCAACAUGGAAAAAAGGCUGAUAAACUGUGUUUCCCCCAGAGAAGAUGGCACCCUCCACCCCUCCCAGAAAAAAAAUGCCUUGGGUGUCAUCUUCAUGCAUUUUCUUCUAGCGCACUUAACCCCUCCCUCCCUCCCAUCCCAGCUUCCAUUCUCCCAUCAUUCCCGCCCACUUGUGCACUUUUGUCAGGGCCAAUUCAUCACGGGAUGACACGCUGGCUGUUUUAUUCCGCAAACGAGAGGAGCCCUCAUUGCACAUGGGACACAUGUUUACCCCAUGAAACGUUUUGGCCACGCCAUCCGUCUCUCUCGCUCUCUCUCCCUCUCUCUCUGUCCCUCUCAUCCUAUCUGGAUCUCAUUUAGCCUCGGCAGAUGGCGGCCAUGUUGAACUCGGAAAGAUGGCUGUGCCUUUUCACUGUCACACUUUGGCUAAAGAGUUUCUUUUCCCUUUGCAGUAAGAAAGAACAAACAUGGAUGGCGUGUUGGACAGAAUGAGGGUCAAGGGGUGUAGCAAACCACCGUCAUCAGUCAGUGUCUGGGUUUGUCGGCAUGUUUCUCCGCGGAAGAGCAGUCGCGUCACCUCUUCUUGGAGAAAAUCUACGGCCGCUCGGUGAAGGACUCCCACAUGUGCCACCACAUGUUGAAGCACCUUCACGACGGGGCCCGCAUCACAGUGCAGAUGCCCCCAAAUGUGGAGGGUCACUGGGUAUCCACGAGCUGCGAGGUGAGACCCGGUCCGGAGUUCCUGACACGCUCCUACCGCUUCUACGCCAACAAUACCUUCCAGGCACACCAGUUCUACUAUGAGGACAACCACUGCACCAAGCCCACCUACACGUUGCUGGUACGGGGACGCCUGCGCCUGCGCCAGGCCUCCUGGAUCAUCCGGGGCGGCACCGAGGCCGAGUACCACCUCCACCGGGUCCAGAUCAUGUCCCACGGAGUGGCAAUGGCCGAGGAGCUCAGCCAGAGGCUGAACCGGAGUUGCAAGGGAGCCGUGAGGGGACCCUGGGAGCCCGAUGUCCCUUACGAGUUGUGGAGCGAGGAGGGCGGCUACAACUGCUCCAGGGAGCUCAACUUCGCUAUGCACGAACUGCAGCUGCUGCGGGUGGAGAAGCAGUACAUGCACCACAACCCGGAUCACCUGGUGGAGGAGCUCUUCCUCGGGGACAUCCACACGGAACCCACGCAGAGGCUGUACUACAAGCCCUCCAGCUACCAGACGCCCCUGCAAAACGCCAUGAACCACGCGCACGGCUGCAUCGCCUGCCGCAUCAUCUACCGCUCGGACGAAUUUCACCCGCCCAUUCUGCCGCCGCGCGCCGACCUGGCGGUGGGCCUGUACGGCCAGUGGGUGAGCCAGCGGUGCGAAGUGCGCCCGGAGGUGCUCUUCCUCACUCGCCACUUCCUGUUCCAUGAUAACAACCACACGUGGGAGGGCUACUACUACCAUUUCUCCGACCCCGUGUGCAAGCAUCCCACCUUCACCAUCUACGCCCGCGGGCGCUACUCACGCGGCCUGCACUCCAUGCGCGUCAUGGGCGGCACCGACUUUGUCUUCAAAGUAAACCACAUGAGAGUGACACCGAUGGACUUCGCCACCACCUCGCUGCUCAACGUGUUCAGCGGCAAUGAUUGCGGCGCCGAGCGGUCAUGGCAGCUGGGCGUGGAGCAGGACGUGACGGCCACCAACGGAUGCGUGGCCCUGGGGAUCCGCCUGCCGCACACUGAGUACGAGCUCUUCCGCAUGGAGCGCGACGCCAAUGGACGCUAUCUGCUCUUCAAUGGCCAGCGGCCGAGCGACGGAUCCAGCCCGGACCACCCGGACAAGCGGGCUACGUCCUACCAGCUGCCUUUGGUGCGCUGCUCAACCAGCAGCCAGGUGGCGGGACGCGACCAUGGAGGGGACGAUACAUCCCUGCGGCUCAGUAAUGGCGGCGGGGACCGCCACCGAGUCGGUGUUGCGGCAGUGCUCGUAGCGAUCAUUGUCAAAGGAUUCUCGCUUUAAGCCCCCGAUAAAGACUUGCCCGCUGAGUAUGCAUUGCUGGCUGAAGACUCAAAGAGCCAGGAGCGAGACUUUUCCCUCCCCCCCCAAAAAAAUGCACUUUAGGCGGAAAGACCCUAAGACGGACUGUACAGAUCCAUAUUUGUACAGAUAUGGGGCAGGGGGCCAUUUUCCUAUCAGGUGCUAUGUACUCUUUUCACAGGUGUGUGCUUACAUACAUUCCUCAUUGGUUGGAAAAUAUACCCGAUGCAGAUAUGCUCCGCUGCAUAUAUGCUCCGCUACAAAACAGAAAAGUAAUUGUCCACAGCCCUGCGAGCCCCAAUCGAUCUGUGCGGCCAAGUGGUGAGGUGCCACUGCUGUUGUGGGGCUCAUGUAUGGCUCAUGUGUCGGAUGUUGCCCACACUUGGUUUCACUCUCCAGAAAGAUCCGACAUUUAUUUUGUACUGUCUAGAAACACAAAAGUCACAUUUUAUGUUCAGUCAUACAUAAAAACAUGACCACAAUUGCACUGACUGGAGUAUGUAUGUUAUCGAGACAGCAGGGUAAUGAAAUUACUGUAAUGAGAUGGUGUGGUUUUUUUUUAUCAAUGGACUCAUGCAACAGUUAUCUAUUAAAUUCAAUUUUCAUUU